AUGUCGUUUAAACCCGACAGACCCACUAAAAAUGUUACUUUCAACCAGUACGGUUUGCAUCUUAAUUGGCCUUAUAUUUGGAUCGUUGUUCUUGGUGUAAUACUUAGUUUUCUAAGUUUAUCUAUACUAGCUAUGGAAAUAGGACAUACGAUUUAUGAUGAAUAUCGAUCAACAGCAUUUGGAGGUUUUAUUAUUUUUUUACCUCUACUAAGCUGUUCCAGUUUUGUUCUGAUUACUGCUUGGAAACCACAAUUAUUAUUUCUUCGUAUUGCAAGAACGCUAUGUCUUGUUAUGAUUGUAUUAUGUUUGGUAUUGAUUGUUUAUGAUAUUUUUGUUAUUGUCGACCCAACGCGAUGCUUUGCUUUGAAUUGUAAUAAUGCUCAAGUUACCUAUCAAGUUAAUUCAACAUACAAGACAACAAUAACAGGUUGGCCACUUAAUAUAACAUGGCCGGACUAUUUCCUGACAAAUAUGACAAUGAAAAGAAUUUUUCAAAGCAUACAAAUGUGUUCGGCGGUGCUAUUUAUUUUAUUUUGUUCAUUAUAUUUAUUAACAUAUUUUAUCUAUCGACGAAUUUAUAUCGAACAAGGUACUGUUAGCAAUGAUAAUAAAUAUGAAAUUGUAAAAUAUGAGCCAGUCGCGAGUUCAAAGAAGAAUUCGAAAACUACAGUUCUAUCAUUCUCAGAAUAUGAUUCAAACGAUCAAGUCGCUGUCUUUAACGUUGAAAAUCGUUCGUCUACAUUCACGAAAUGUUCUCCGUCUACAACACCGACGAAAGUCGAAGCGAUUCCUGUUCAAGUAAUUAAACAAAAUAGUUUUGUAUUUCCAAGAACUAACUCACUGGUUCAAGACCGAGCAUGUACGCGUUGCAUGAAAGAACCGCGCAUGAUAUUGGUAACACAAUACGAACUAAAAAAUCUUUUUCCUUAUUUAUGUAUCAAUUGUAAUAAUGAAAUUGUAAGGGAUCAAUUAAAACUACAGCAUACUCAUGCCACAAAUAGUCGCAUGUGGAAACCUUAG